CCAGCAACCAAAUGGAAGUCGUUUAUUGGAUGACUCCUCUAAACUAGCAGGUAACAAAACAGUUACAGAUUUUACAGUCCUACAAGCCUGCUCUCGCAGCACAAUUCUGCAUUUGUUCUCCGAGGCAAAGAGGCAAAGAAGAGACUUCUCAAUACUAAUUAAGGUGGUUGAAACAUUAGCUCUUGUGCUAAGGAACUAGAGGAAAAUAUAAAUGGAUGACCAGUUAAGAAAUAGGAAGGCAAACUCAGACCCGAAAAAUGAAUAUCCAAUCAAUAACCAAACUGAUUCUCAGAUCGCCAAAGGGGUCGAAGAGAAAAACAUGGCUCUGCAGAAAGAGGUUGGUUUGCUAAGUGGCAUCAGUCUUAUUGUAGGAACAAUGAUUGGCUCUGGAAUCUUUAUCUCACCAAAAUCAGUCUUAGCUAAUACAGGAGCAGUGGGACCUUCUCUGAUUCUCUGGGCAGUUGCGGGAAUCAUAUCAACAUUGGGUGCAUUGUGUUACGCUGACCUGGGUACCAUGAUCGUUAAGUCAGGGGGGGAGUAUUAUUAUAUCUUCGAAGCAUUUGGUUCAAUUCCUGCUUUCUUAUACUCAUGGAUGAGUAUAACUGUUUCAAAACCAUCAUCAUUUGCUAUAAUCUCCCUGAGCUUUGCUGAAUAUGCAGUGACUCCUUUCUAUCCUGGCUGUGUGCCGCCGCAGAUGCCUAUAAAGUGUCUUGCUGCAACAGCUAUUGUUUUAAUUACACUGGUGAACUCAUUCAGUGUCAAGCUUGCUAGCUAUGCCCAGAAUUUUUUCACUUUUGCCAAACUGGCAAUAGUUGCUGUCAUCAUUGUAGCUGGCCUGGUUUUAUUAGCACAAGGAAAUACCCAGAAUUUUAAAAAUUCCUUUGACGGAGCUCAUAUCUCUUUUAGUGCUAUUGGUUUGGGAUUAUAUGGUGGACUUUGGUCUUACGAUGGAUGGAAUCAGCUCAAUUUCAUUACAGAAGAAUUGAAAAAUCCCUAUAGAAAUCUUCCACUCGCCAUCAUCAUUGGCAUUCCCUCUGUGACUGUUUGCUACAUCUUGGUUAACGUUGCAUAUUUCACAGUCAUGACUCCAACAGAACUGUUGCAAUCUUCUGCUGUUGCAGUGACAUUUGGUGAUCGGGUACUCACACCAGCAACUUGGAUAGUUCCUCUCUUUGUUGUGUUUUCUACUUUUGGAGCUGCCAAUGGUAGUUGUUUUACAGCUGGCAGACUUACAUACGUUACUGCCCGUGAGGGUCAUAUGCUUAAGAUUCUGGCUUACAUCAACGUUAAGCACUUAACACCUGCACCAGCUCUCAUUUUCAAUGGAAUGCUAGCUAUUAUCUACAUCAUUCCAGCGGAUCUAACCACUCUUCUAAACUAUUUCAGUUUUUCAGUCUGGAUUUUUUACGGACUGACUUCCUUUUCACUAAUUUACCUGCAUUUUGCAAGAAAAGAUCUGGAAAGACCAGUUAAGGUUCCUGUAAUUAUACCAGUUAUUAUGACUCUUCUCAGUAUCUACUUGGUUUUCGCUCCAAUCAUUGAACAGCCAGAACUGGCAUACUUGUACUGCACACUCUUUAUUUUGGGAGGACUAAUAAUCUAUUUCCUAUUUGUUCACUUGCGCUUCAGCUGGACUCGCACCUUGAUGAAUCCCAUCACCAAACAUAUUCAGCUGCUUUUGGAAGCAGCACCACCAGAGAGUCAAAUAUAAAAGUACAUAUUGCUUUACUUUUAUACCUCCCUCUGCUUUUAAUGAAGGAAAAGGCACAGAAGAGGCCUUUCAGUAAUGCAGCUCUACAACUAACAGUUCUUAGGUACAAAACAACAUUCAGUAGUACCCUAUGUAAUUUUCUGUUCAACAUUAUCUUGCCAAGUAUGGUUAAAACUGGGGCUUUGAAUCUCCUACAAUUCCCAACAACAUUGUAUUAUACACUGUAUUGAUACUCAUGCACUGCAAUAAUUACCAUCAUUAUUAUUGUUUAGUAAAUGGCUAAAAACUUUCUGGUAAAUAUCUAAUAAUACUUUCUUGUAAAUGGAGGCUUAGCUCUUAAUGUUCCAAAAUGUAUACCACAGAUGUCUAACUCUUAUCAUCCUUAGUUU